AUGCGAUUAACAAAACCCAGUUGGCUCGCUCACCUUGACGAUAAGAAUCAAAAAACCUCAAUUUUCUCGAUCCACGUCCACCCCGAUGGAACACGUUUAGCAACUGGAGGACUUGAGACUAACAUAUUUUUGGUUGAAUUAGAAAAGUUGCACAAACUGGAACAGCAUCAGGGUUUUGUUAAAGGGGUCACAUGGGAUCCCGUAGGGGAAUUUCUUGCGACCGAGAAUCAUAUUGUAUAUCACAUAUACUUGGUACUGUUGGGUUCUCUAGAUCUAACGUCAUUUCAACUCAUUAGUUGGUCACCUGAUGGAUCUCAUGUUGCGACAGCUAAUGGUGCGCAAGGUCCUAUACCUAUUGCAGCGAUCUUUGGUCGCGGUAAAUGGCGUACAGAUGUAUCUCUAGUGGGACAUGAAUCUGCGAUUGAAGUCGUGGCCUUUAACCCAGUUUUGUUUAUGAUUCCUGAAAGCGAUGAUGCUGACGCCCCUGCGAAAUUAGGUAGUGUUUGCGCGGUCGGAAGCCAAGACCACACCAUUUCAGUAUGGGUAACCAGGAAUGCCAGACCACUUUUUGUUUGUCAGAAACCUUUUGCACAUACUGUUUUGGAUUUGGCCUGGUCUCCUGAUGGAACACAUCUCUAUGCAUGUUCAUAUGACGGGACUGUAGUCGUUCUACAGUUCAAUCUUAACGAAUUCGGCGAGCGUGUGUCAAACGAGGAACUUGAAAAACACAUAAUGAAGUACGGAUUCAAAGCAAAAGAACCGAUUAUACUUGAAAAUACCACUCAACUCGACUUGGAAAAUGAGAACGCGAUUGCGAAAAGAAAUGAAAAAUCCGAUCGCAUGUCCGGCAUGGUACCUAUGGAAACUUCAACCGUUGGGAUUUCAAACGCUUCAGUAACUAAAAAUUCGGCAAUUGAACCUAUGAUAACGAAUUUUGAUUCCCCAGAGAAUGCACCUCAAUUAUCAAAAGAUGGACCCUUGCCAAUGAAUGUUGUUGAAUCUUCAACAUCUGCAUCUAGCAGUGCUUUUACCAAAGCUGGAGAUCAGCCGAAAGUUUCGUUCACAAGAGAAGGAAAGAAAAGAAUUCAACCACAAUUUUUAGGAGGACUCAAUUCCACUUCAUCGACUAUCCCGGCUUCGUCCAUUAGCGGCAGUGCUUCUUUGAAUGCUUCAAACAUGAUUCAUUCUACUCAACAAACGACGUCAGGAGAGGGAACAAGUGGUGAGAUGGAACCUCCAUCUCGUGCUCUUCCACCAGGCGGAAUUCCUGCUCUAAUUGUUGGAAACAAACGCAAAGACUCGGGCCCACCAGACAUUACAUCGUCAAAUAAACGAAUGAAUGUUUCCGGAAAGUCAAAUUCGGAAGUAGAAUCAAAUGUAUUAAGACCUGCCAUGGUUUCCCCUUCUGUAGUAAUGUCACAAAUUAGACUGGCUUCUUAUAAGGUUCGAGAACACUUGACCAAAGAUAAAUUGGAUGGUGCCACCUUGAAACUUGAAUGUCACAAUAAUAAUAACGGCAAGCGCAUGACUUUUUUUUUCUUUUUUGAGGAAAUUGGCAUCGUCAUUGUACUUACCGAUGCGUACUUUGAAAAUUUAGGUCUAUCCCAUUUGGUGUGCACUCGAGGAAAGAGUCUUCAACCCACGGUCUCGAUUGUGACAGCUUGUGUUCGCUCUAAUGGCACCCCUCUGUUGGUAACGAGUCGGUAUACACUUCCGAAUCCUUCGGGACAAGAGUCUAGUGGAGACGUGACCGGAAAUUGUUUGUUGGAAAAUUUAGACAACUAUUCCAGGCAACGUUCCCAGAAUGUAGGGUCACUUUCUCAUUUGAGGAGACCACCUGGGCCCGAAAAUUCUGGACAACACUGUAAUUUGUUAGGUUUCCUUCAGAAUCAACUUCUAGUUGCUGAAUUAAUCAAUUCUCCGGCGGAGUAUAAGCGAUUGCUCUUCUCAUAUGCGCAGCAAUUGGCCGACGAGGGUUCUGAAUUAAGAGUGCACGAAUUGUCAUCUAAUAGAGACUUGCAACGCCUAGUGACCGAAUAUAAGUCAGAAUUAAACAAAAUACUCAACUUAGAUUGA